AUAGGGAAAGCCAGGGCUGACACUACCCCCGUGUGGGCGGCGGAACGUCCCGAGGAUGACGUGCGGCGUUCUCGAAGCCCGUGUCUCGCUCGCUGGCUCCUCGCUCGCCUGUGCCGAAGGGAACGGGGGAAGAAGAAGAAGCAGCCAGGAGGAGGAGGAGGAGGGAGGAGCGGCGGCGGCGGCAGGAGCGGCGCGGAGGAGGAGACGGAGGAAGAGGAGGAGGAGGAAGACUCUUGCCGGAGAAGCGGCGGCGGCGGCGCCAUGGCGGCCCUGGAGCGGCCCGUGCCCAGUCCCGAGGCGUUCCUGGGCCAGCCCUGGGCCGCCUGGGUCCGGGAGGCCGCCCUUCCGCACACGCAUUGCGCCGCCCCCCCGCACAGUAUAGAGCUAGAAGAUGCUGGAAAAGAGGGUGGAAAAAGCAGGGAGGUGAUGAGGCUUAAUAAAGAAGGGUUCAUUCAAGAUGCGCUACUUCCUGAAGCAGCUUUUCUGCAUGAAUCUAGUGAACUGAGAGAUAUGCACUUAUUUGGCCAUUAUCCAGCUCAUGAUGAUUUCUAUCUAGUAGUGUGCAAUAUCUGCAAUCAGGUAGUCAAGCCACAGGUUUUCCAGUCACACUGCGAACGAAGACACGGUUCAAUGUGUAAGCCUUCCCCAUCUCCAGCUUCUCCACCCUGCAAUUCCAGGGCAUCAUUUAUACAGAUGAAACCGAGAUCCUGUAUCAGCGGCCAUAACCCUGUCAAUAACAACUCAAAGCCAUUCAAAACGCCCAAAGACAAUCUAAUUACCUCCACUAGCAAACAGCACAUGGUCUUUUCUUCGAAACUAUCAAGGGAUAAACCUUGUGUCCCUGUUCCUGUAGUCAGUCUAGAGAAAAUUCCUAACCUAGUGAAGGCAGAUGGUGCCAAUGUUAAAAUGAACUCUGCAACCACUACCACCAGCUCCAGCUCCUCGGCCUCUUCAUCUACCACAUCCGCUCCAAUUAAAUCUGCUUUGACAUGUAAAUCGGUGCCACCAUCGCCAGAAAAGAUUUUGAAUGGCAAAGGCGUCAUAGCUCCAUCAAUAGACAAGAAACACCAAAAUGGCACUAAAAACAGUAACAAGUCUUACAAGAGAGUUUCAGAAAGAGAGUUUGACCCAAAUAAACAUUGUGGAGUAUUGGAUCCUGAGACAAAGAAACCCUGCACAAGAUCACUCACCUGCAAGACUCAUUCACUUAAUCACCGGCGAGCAGUUCCAGGCCGUAAAAAACAGUUUGACAUUCUCUUAGCUGAACACAAAGCUCGAUCGCGAGAAAAAGAAGUAGCAAAAGACAAGGAGCAUCCGCAAUGUAUAAGGGAAACUCAUCAGCCCCAGCCUGUGCUAGUCCAAGACACUCUGUCAGGAACAUCAGUGAACUCUGGGCAAGAUCCCAAAGGAACGUCGCCUGCAAAAUCAAGACUGCCCAAUUCAGCAUUUCCUAGGCCUUCCUCUGCAAACAGCAUAAAUAGCACUAGUUCUUCAAACCAUGGUGGUUAUGCUCCAGAACUGCCUCUGCCUUCUAUGGGAGGAGAUCUGCCUAGCAGAUUAUCUAGUGACGAGGGCGAAGUGGAGGGAUCCGAAGACUCUGAGAAGUUAGACUGUCACUAUUCUGGACACCAUCCUCGACCUCUUGGGUUUUGUUCAUUUGGAAGUCAUUUGAUGGGAAGAGGUUACUAUGUGUUUGAUAGAAGAUGGGAUCGUUUUCGACUAGCACUGAAUUCCAUGCUAGAAAGACACUUAAACUCACAGAUGUGGAGGAAAAUCCCUCCUGCGGUGGAUAGUCCGAUGCCCUCUCCAGCAGCACAUAUCUCCACCCCUUUUCCAGCAUCGGUUUUGCAACCUUUCAGCAACCCUAGUGCAGUGUAUAUUCCUUCGGCGCCCGUCAGUUCAAGAAUACCUUCUUCCUACUUGAUGACUUCUGCCAUGUUGUCCAACGCGGCUUUUGUGACUGCAUCGGAUACAAAUUCCAUUAUGUCGCACACUACGGCGUUCCCUCACGUGGCUGCCAGCCUGAGUAUUAUAGACUCGACAUUUAAGACCCCGUCGGCCAUGUCACCUGUGCCAGCGGUUAUCCCUCCCCCAUCCCACAAGCCAUCCAAAACGAAAACCAGCAAAUCCUCAAAAGUCAGAGAUCUCUCGUGCCGCGGUGAUGAGUCUUCUAGCAACAAAAAGAAAAGGCCGCCCUCUUCUUCUUCCUCGCUGUCUUUGCAGACUUCCUCGUCCCCCUCCUCUUCCUUUUCAGGGUCUCACAAAAAGAACUGCGUCUUGAACCCCAGCUCGACCUUGAACUCUUAUCAGGCCACAUCUUCCUAUAACAGUCUGUCUGUGCACAAUGCAAACAAUGGAACAACCCCACUCAGUGCCAAAUCGGAGCCCUCAGGAGGACGGACUUCGUUAUCAAGUAGCUCAGCAGACUCGGUCAAACACAUGAGCAUCGUAGUAAACAGUAUUGACUCUUCCGGUUUGUCUGUGCCCUCCCUCCUUCACCAUGCAGGGGACCACUCCCUAACAGCACACAACGCCGUGUCCUCUCUCCCCCUUUGUUUUGAUAAAUCGGAAGGGAAGAAACGCAAAAACUCUAGUUCUAGUAGCAAAGCCUGUAAAAUCACUAAAAUGCCUGGUAUGAAUAGCGUUCACAAAAAGAGCACUGCCAACCUUAUUCCUACGGUGCCAGAUACUCCAAACAGCUCCAUCUCUCGGCAGAUUGGAAAAAAUAGCAGUGUAGCUUUGUCUCAGUCCAGUCCUUCAAGUACACCGAACCCAGUGCACAACAAACAAAAGACGUUAAACCGGACUGGUAGGAUAAGGACUCUUCCGUAACAAGGAAAAGCAACCAGCCUAUAAUCUCUUCUCGUUUUAGCAGCCCUACUCUGGUUUCUUAUUUUAUUUUCUGUCUCCUGCAGAUAAAAUUUACUUAAUAUUUUUGGUGGGUUUUUUAAAAAAAAAACAAAUGUUUUUAAAUCUACAUAAAACUGUGGCAUAUUUCAGUUCCUCAAUACACAUUGGCCUCUGAUCUGUGCAAUCUGGUUUGAUUCGGAUUCAAGCUUUUAAAAGCAAAUUGUUGCAUUUCCCCCUUUUUGUUUCUUGCAACAAAUGACAGCAGUGAACAUUCCGAAAUAAUGCAAUGUGUGGUUAUAUUAUAUUUAAAACUCCCCUUCAUUGUAUAAAAUUUACAGUAACUUCUGUAUUUAUUAUUGUCCUAGUGCAUUUCUCAGCAGUAACUAACAACUGUGUGGCCAUAAGUUUCACUGACAUUGUUCAGUGGGUUCAGUGUGCAGCACCUCUUGUUGAUUGGUAUUCCUGAUCUGCUCAAUGUACUGAAGGGUUUAUUCAAUUUGUUCCCAGUGAGAUUAAUAGGAGCGCCAUGUGAAAAUUUCCUCACUUGUAGAUGGCAGAGCCACAAAGAAUCUACUGUUUUCCUUAAUGAAACAAUUUGUUCUUUGAAAAGACAGGAGCUGAGCAGACUGAAUUUGUAUCAGUUAGAAUUGCACUGACAAUGUUUUACAGGAAUUACUGCUUUAAAAAAAUAAUAAAGGUAGAUUUUGAAAUCAGGAACUUAAUAAUACUAGGGUACUGCAAAAUUACUACAGAGCAGUUAAUUUUUAUUUCUACAGUGUUAAAAGUGCACUUAAAUGCUGGUUUAUUUACAUCUCAAGGGGGUAAGAAGCCGUUUACUUUUUGGGGGGUGGAAGGCUUAAGGAAAUUUUUAAAGUUUAUACAAUGUUUAACAAUUGUAAACAUGGCUAGGCCCUUUGGGGGGAAAUUAGAAGAUAUUCUUAAAGUAAAAUUUUAUAGUGUUAAUUUUGUAAUUUAUGUUUUGCUAUACUUGGGAAGUGACAGGAAUAGUUUCAUGAACAAUAUGAAACUUAGGAAAGUUUUAAGCAAUGCUUAUAUUUUUCAUGUACUUUUGAGUUAUGGUUUUAUUGUACAUUUCUUCAGACUGAAAAAAAAGUGUACAUAUCUUUGUUAUUUUUGCACAAUUUUUGUCUUCAGUUGUAGGAACAGAGCCUUGUUGACUUUUUUAUAUAUAUUAAAAAAAAACCUAAUUUAUUUUGUGUUGUAUAACUGCAGGAGUUUUAAAAUCUCAGUAAGAAAACACCAUCUGAUAAGUGAACUGCUGUUUUCUACUUCUAGAGGGGAAACGGGUGGCGAGAUUCAGUGGCUGCUUCUGAGAAUUAAUGUCACUUAGUGACCGAAGGAACAAUUCAGUCGUGUUAAGAAUUCCUUAGCUCUUAACAUGCAUCUGUUAUGUAAGAAGCUGGACUGGGGAGUGUUCUUUGCUGCUUAUUUAUGUAUCCUUUUAUUUUCAGUGGCAUUGGUCUGAAAGCAUUUUGGAAACCAAGUAAAAACCUCAUACUUUUUUUAUCCCCUGCAUUUU